UCAUUUUAAGAAUCUUUUUUAUUUAGUACGCAAUGGUAAUGAUGUGUUGAUUAGAAAAUAUGUGCCACUUGACUUUUGGCUAAUAAAAUAGGUACCUAUAUAUUUUUCAGAAUCUUGAAAAUGAUGGAUGCUGAUGCUAAAUAAGAAAUAAAAAUUUAGCUAGUAGGUACCUCAAUCAAAAAAAAAAAAAAAAAAAAAAAAUGAUGAGCAAUAUUUAUUUUAGAAUAUUGACGAUAAGUUUCAUUUUUUCAAACUUGACAACUAUAGAAUCAGCUAAAAUCCUGGGAAUUUUUAUAAUAUUCAGCAAAAGUCACCACUCAGUAAGUCAACCAAUUGUUAAAGGUUUAGCUGCCAGGGGACACGAGGUGACCGUUGUGAGUCAUUUCAAAUCCAGUCAUACUGUUCCAAAUUACACUGAGAUUUUACUCCCCGAAGCUAACAAUUUUAUUGACACUAUUGAUAUAAAAUCUACACAAAAUUAUUCUGAUUAUUAUCAAUAUAAAAAAUUUCUUCGUGAACUUGAGAAUUCCCAUUGUGAUCACGUUUUGAGUUUGGAAUUCAUUAAAGAAUUGAUAUUUUCUAAGGAGAAAACAAUUGAUUUAAUUAUAGGUGAAAUUUAUUUUACGCAAUGUUACCAUUUAUUAGCGUACACAUUAAACGUACCAUUGAUACUUUUUCUUUCGCCGAGUCUAGGCGAAGGAGUACAUUACUUUGUUGGCAAUCCAUGUAAUCCAUCCUUUAUACCUGUGAAAAAUACUCUAUAUACUACACGAAUGAGUUUUUUCGAACGGCUAGACAAUGCUUUUCAGUAUAGUCGGAAUUAUUGGUUCCAAAGCUUUGUAAUUAACGCAGAUACUGAGAGAUAUGCUCGCGAAGUGUUCAAAAUGGAGCCCCCUUCUAGCGAAGAACUGAACAAGAAGGCUGCUUUAGGUUUUUACAACAGUCAUUUCAGUUUUAUUGGCAGACCAAUGUCUCCUAAUGCGAUAGAAAUUGGCGGUAUUCACAUCAAAGAACGGAAAAAGUUAUCAAAGGAUUUGGAAGAUUUCAUCGAAGGAUUUGCUCCUGGCGUUAUUUUUUUUUCUUUCGGUACCACGAUCAAAGCUAGUAGUAUAUCUUCUGAAAAGUUGAAGAUUAUUAUUGAUACUUUUGCUUCUAUACCUCAAAGAGUAUUAUGGAGAGUAAAUGAAUUGAACAUAUCUGAAUCCAUACCUCCUAACGUCAAAUUAGGCAAAUGGUUUCCACAAAGAGAUAUCUUAGAGCAUAAAAACGUAAUCGGGUUUAUAAGUCAUUGCGGCCUAUUGGGUACAUUGGAGGCUGUUCACACAUCAACUCCAGUCAUUGGUAUGCCUUUUUCGUUCGACCAAUUUCAAAACGCCAACAUAUUAGCUGAAAAGGGAGCUGGUAUCCACGUUGAUUACUUCACAAUGACUAAAUAUAUUUUUGCUCGUGCAAUUGAGGAAAUUAUAACCAACCCCAAAUAUCGCGAAAACAUGCAAAAAUUAUCAAUGGUAUUCAAAGACAGACCAAGAUCACCUUUGGACGAGUCUCUAUAUUGGUCAGAAUAUGUUAUAAAACACCAAGGAGCUCCUCAUUUGAGGACCACAGCAGCAGAUAUGCCUUUGUAUCAAUAUUUAUUACUGGAUGUACUCGCAGUAAUAUUGGGCACUGCGAUAGGUAUUUUAUGUAUUUGUAAACUAUUGCUGAGAAUUGGGGUACGAUUUUCAAAUUAUAUUACCUAUACCUACCUAGGGAAAACGAAAAAGACAAUUCGAUAAUUUCUUGAGAGAUUUAAUUUUGAGAAUUGUGCGUGUAGUGAGUAGUGACUUGUGAGUGCGAAUGAAGAAUUGAACAUUGAAGACAAGGGCUUCUGCCAGAUGAUUCACAAUUCACAAAUGAAACAAUACUCUGAGUAAGAGGCUAGAGGGUGCUUUUCUUCAAAAUUUUAGAAUAUUUUCGUACGUCUGAUUCUGAUGGCAUGCUAAG